AAAAGCACAAACCAAGCACUUUGUAGCAAUCGGAACCCCAAACCGAGUGUUAGCAAUUAUUAGGAAAAUAAUAGGGACCAAAAUAGAAGACAUUUUAUACAAAUAAAUCAAUGGCACAUCUACCUCAACUGCUGUGUGCAGCAUUUUGCUUCUCUCCCCCUUAAGAAAGGACAGAGAGAAGUGCAGAACAGGCAGGCAAGGCAACAAAGGAAAUCAGUCAUGGAAGGGCUUGGAUGCGAGGCUGUGUUUUUUGGACUGGGGAGGAUGAGGGAAGGAUAACAAAUGGAAGAGUGUAGAAUAAUUGGGAGAAUCAGUGGAAACAAGGAGUUGGCAAUGCAGAGUGGAAGAAGUAGCUGGGUCUCCAUAUGUCAUGCAGUGAAGCUGUGAGGAACUCAAGUUGUGUCCUGCAGAAUAUAGUUGAUUCUAGAAGUUUACCUGGGUUCCAAAUAAAAGCAGAGUGUCUUUUAUUUCUGGCUUUGGAAGUUCUUGGGCCACAAAUUGUUGAAGACUGUAUGAGGAUUGUGAGGAAUUAAUACUACAUGCUUCACCUGUUCUUACACUCUUCCCUAGGCAUCUGCUGUGGUCAGGAAUGGGGUACUGGACAAUGUGGAGCAUUGAUCAGACCUGGAGGAUGCCAGCCCCCAUCAGACUGCGGGAGUUGAUCCGGACCAUCCGGACAGCAAGAACCCAGGCAGAAGAGCGUGAGAUGAUCCAAAAGGAAUGUGCUGCUAUACGGUCAUCCUUCCGAGAGGAAGAUAACACAUACCGAUGCAGAAAUGUGGCAAAGCUGCUGUAUAUGCACAUGCUGGGAUACCCUGCACAUUUUGGACAGUUGGAGUGCCUCAAGCUCAUUGCCUCUCAGAAAUUCACAGACAAGCGCAUUGGGUAUUUAGGUGCCAUGUUGCUGCUGGAUGAGAGACAGGAUGUCCAUCUUCUUAUGACCAAUUGCAUCAAGAAUGACCUUAAUCACAGCACACAGUAUGUACAGGGACUGGCACUCUGCACUCUUGGCUGCAUGGGCUCCUCAGAAAUGUGCAGAGACCUUGCAGGAGAGGUAGAAAAGCUCCUCAAAACAUCCAACUCCUAUCUUAGGAAGAAGGCAGCAUUGUGUGCUGUUCAUGUCAUUAGAAAGGUGCCUGAACUCAUGGAGAUGUUCCUGCCAGCCACCAAAAACUUGCUGAAUGAGAAGAACCAUGGUGUUCUUCACACAUCAGUUGUCCUCCUCACAGAGAUGUGUGAGAGAAGCCCAGACAUGCUUGCACACUUUAGAAAGAAUGAAAAGCUUGUUCCCCAAUUAGUUCGUAUUCUGAAGAACCUUAUAAUGUCUGGAUAUUCACCAGAGCAUGAUGUGUCUGGGAUCAGUGACCCCUUUUUGCAGGUACGAAUCCUGCGGUUACUAAGAAUUUUAGGACGAAAUGAUGAUGAUUCUAGUGAAGCAAUGAAUGAUAUACUUGCACAGGUUGCCACUAAUACAGAAACAAGUAAAAACGUGGGAAAUGCCAUUCUCUAUGAAACCGUGCUGACGAUUAUGGAUAUAAAAUCUGAAAGUGGGCUCCGAGUGUUGGCCAUUAACAUCCUGGGCCGUUUCUUAUUAAACAAUGACAAAAACAUUAGAUAUGUAGCAUUGACAUCAUUGUUGAAAACUGUGCAGACAGACCAUAAUGCAGUACAGCGGCAUAGAAGCACAAUUGUCGACUGCCUAAAGGAUCUGGAUGUCUCCAUUAAAAGGCGUGCAAUGGAACUGAGUUUUGCUCUUGUUAAUGGGAAUAAUGUCCGUGGAAUGAUGAAAGAGUUGCUGUAUUUCCUAGAUUCCUGUGAACCAGAGUUCAAAGCAGACUGUGCAUCUGGAAUAUUUCUUGCAGCUGAAAAAUAUGCUCCUUCCAAACGCUGGCACAUAGACACAAUUAUGAGAGUCUUAACAACGGCAGGAAGUUAUGUUCGUGAUGAUGCUGUUCCCAAUCUGAUUCAGCUAAUAACUAAUAGUGUGGAGAUGCAUGCCUACACUGUGCAGAGACUCUACAAAGCCAUCCUUGGUGAUUACUCCCAGCAACCCUUGGUGCAAGUGGCCUCUUGGUGCAUAGGAGAGUAUGGAGAUCUUCUGGUGUCUGGUCAGUGUGAAGAGGAACCACCAAUACAGGUAACAGAGGAUGAAGUUCUUGAUAUUUUAGAAAGUGUCCUGAUAUCUAAUAUGUCUGCAUCUGUUACACGAGGCUAUGCUCUCACUGCCAUCAUGAAGCUUUCCACAAGGUUCACCUGCACUGUCAAUCGUGUUAAGAAGGUAGUUUCCGUUUACAGCAGCAGCAUUGAUGUGGAGCUACAGCAGAGGGCAGUGGAAUAUAAUGCACUUUUCAAGAAAUAUGAUCACAUGAGGCCAGCCCUGCUUGAGAGAAUGCCAGUAAUGGAGAAAGUCACCACAAAUGGCCCUACUGAGAUUGUACAGUCCAACGGAGAGACAGAGUCAGCGGUACUGGAAACCAAACCUCCACCCUCUGGAUUGCAGCCUGUUAGCCAGGCAAACGAUUUAUUGGACUUGUUGGGGGGAAGUGAUCUAACAUCUGUAAUCCCCACUGCACCUACAAGCAAGCCAGCUUCUGCUGGUGGGGAGCUCCUUGACCUCCUGGGAGACCUCAACCUGACAGGUUCUCCAGUAUCUGCCCCUGUGCCCCAGAUAGCACAGCCUCUGUUCCUGCUUGAUGGACUUCCAUCGCAGCCUCUCUUCAGUGAUAUUGCUGCAGGAAUCCCCUCAAUUACUGCAUACAACAAGAACGGGCUGAAGAUUGACUUCACCUUUGAGAGGUCAAACACCAACCCUAGUGUCACUGUAAUCACAAUACAGGCCUCCAACAGCACAGAGCUGGAUAUGACAGAUUUUGUUUUCCAAGCUGCAGUACCAAAGACAUUCCAGCUGCAGCUCCUGUCUCCCAGCAGCAGUGUCAUCCCUGCAUUUAACUCUGGGACCAUCACACAGGUCAUUAAAGUCCUAAAUCCACAAAAGCAACAACUACGUAUGCGGAUCAAGUUGACAUAUAAUCACAAGGGCUCAGCGGUGCAAGAUCUAGCAGAAGUCAACAACUUCCCCCCUCAGUCUUGGCAGUGAGGCUCUGGCACCAUUCUUAUUCUCACCCCACCCAAUCAAAAGAACUCUGGGAAGAAGAUUGUGAUCCUUGGCAAUCCCCCAAACUGCACCAUGGGCAUGGGGAACAGAUGAGACCAGCUGAUGAGGAGGAAUUUUCCUGAAGUGAUUACUGACUUUGAAGCAUAUCUGUUAAGACUAAUCUCCUUUCCUCUGCUGAUGAGGCUGGCAGCUUGUGGAGGCUACUGUGCAUUCCCUCACACAUGCAUUCACAGCCAGAAGCAACAUUCCCUUCUCCCCUUCCUCAUCUCUGCCCCCUGCAAAGAAACACAGCCUGGUUGGAAGAGAAGUCUGGAAUUUCUA